GCAGGACUGGGGGGAUACCCCCCAACCAGCAGAGUGCGGCUCGCUUGGGGGGUCUCAGCACCUUUCCAGCCUCUGCUGUGAGCGGCAAUGGAGACCGGUCGUGUCCUGGGAGCUGGGGCCGUGCUGGUGGCACUGGUGGUGCUGGGAGCCCACCCGGCUCAUGGCGAGAAGACCUCAGCGGUUUUCCAGUAUUGCUUUGUGGCCGAGUGUCAGUACCUCAACGGCACCGAGCGGGUGAGGUUUCUGGAGAGGCACAGCUACAACCGGGAGCAGUGGGUGCACUUUGACAGCGAUGUGGGGCGCUAUGUGGGCGACACCCCCCUGGGCGAGGCCACAGCCAAGUACGGGAACAGCCAGCCAGAAAUACUGGAAAAUGCACAGGCUGCAGUGGACGCGUUCUGCCGACACAACUACGGGGUGUUGAGGUCUUUCACCGUGGAGAGGAGAGUUCGGCCCGAGUUGAGCGUCUUCCCCAUGCAGUCGAGCUCCCUGCCCCAGACCAACAGGCUGGUUUGCUCCGUGACGGGAUUUUACCCCGCCGAGAUCGAGGUGAAGUGGUACAAGAACGGGCAGGAGGAGACGGAGCGCGUGGUGUCCACGGACGUGAUCCAGAACGGAGACUGGACCUACCAGGUGCUGGUGAUGCUGGAGACCGUCCCGCAGCGCGGGGACACCUACAUGUGCCAGGUGGAGCACGCCAGCCUGCAGCACCCCCUCACCCAGCACUGGGAGCUGCAGUCGGACGCCGGCAGGAGCAAGAUGCUGACGGGGGUGGGGGGCUUCGUGCUGGGGCUCAUCUUCCUGGCGCUGGGGCUCUUCCUCUACAUGCGCAAGAAGGGUGCCCCGUUCCCCCAGCUGCAGGGCUCCUGAGCGAACUCCUGCGCACCGGCUCUGCCACCACCGCUCGUCCUCUGCCCCCCGCCCAGCGUCACCUCAUCCCGGAGCCCCCCGUCCCCGCGCUGAUCCCUGGCAUCACCCCCUCUCUCCCGUCCCAGCUCAGCUUCGCUGUUGCUGCUCUGCAGCCCCCAGGGCCCCAGGGCCCCACGACGGUUGCCCUUGGCCGCUCUGGCUCUGCCUAAUAAAGCGUCCCGGGCCCC